AUGGACAUAUACUCACUUACAAAAAAGAAACGGCCUUCGCAGUUAACCAUAGCACAGCCUUCCUCUCAAACAGACAGUUCAGUAGAUAACACAACACCCACAAAGCUAAUGUCUGAUCCAAUCUCUGAAGAAGUGACAGGACCACCGACAAGAGAUCAUUGGAAGCCAGAUUCAGAAGCCAAUAGUUGUGGCUAUUUAGGCUGCCCAACCUAUUUUGGAUUAUUUGAUAGAAGACAUCACUGCCGAAAGUGUGGUGACAUUUUUUGCUCAGCUCACUGCUCCAACUACUUUAGACUAGAUCAAGACGCUCGAUUCCAUCUUCAAGGUAUUUUAUCCCGAGGAUGUAACACAUGUGCAGAGGAGUACAAGCAAUGGCAAGAAGAACUGCGGCAGAGAAGAAAUAUUAGAAAGAGCCAAGACAAUAUGAAUGCAAGCAAGGCAAAUUUAAAAAAGAGAAAUCCUGGUAUUAUGACACAGCAACCACAAGCGAUGGAAGGUAUAACUGAACUUGGUCGUGAUGAUGUUGUAUCUAAAAACAUUACCAUCAAUAACAAAUCAACGAAAAAGGAACAUGGUAAGUUAAAGUGA